CCUCCCUGGUUUCCCCGUCACCUCUAAUUUUAUGGUUUUUUUUUUUUUGAUCUUUCUGGUACUCAGAAAAGUGUCUGAACUGCUCUACGCUCAACUCCGUGUUUUUUUCAUUACAAGAUGGCCAAUACAAGGAGUGUUGCCAGAAACCAGAGUCACGAUGAUGAUGCAUCAUCAUCAUCAUCAUCAUCAUCAUCAUCAUCUACCACGAAGAGGUUCGAGACUUUUGAUAACAUGGGUGUGACAUAUUGGUCAAAUCUUACCCAUGAUGUGGUUUUUCUAAUUAUGAUGCAACUGGGAGUUGUUGAUUUCGUUGCAUUUAGUGAAGUCUGCAGGUCAUGGAGGUCACUUGCACUCUCAAACUGGAACAUAUUUAUGGCUUCCAAACCGCCCAUGUCAGUAUUUUCCCGUGCUAGUAAUGAAGAUUCGUAUUGGUACCUGGAGGACUUUGAAAGACGAAGGUUCAAAACUUUCAUUCCCCAUUCUGCUGGUAGAAUUUGUUUUGGAUUAACUUCUGGUUACCUAAUCUUGGGUGGGCGGGAAACCCAAGACUUCUGGCUUGUGAAUCCUAUCACAAGGCAUGAACUUCAUUUCCCUGGCUUCCCCAUAUAUGUUCAUGCUCUUGAACAAUUAAGUAUCAAGGAUAUCCUUUUCUUUUCACCUUCAACAUCUGGGUGGGUGUUUGUUGUGCUACAUAGAAAUAUAUCAUUUUCUAUAGCGGGUAAACGAGGAUGGAAUCAUGUCUCCUCCACUAUCCCCAUCCUUGAUUUACAUGCUCUAAAGGGUAAGAUAUAUAUCCUACACACCGAUUUUUCUGUAUGUGAACUUAGACUCGAUCCGAAUUCGAAUCACAAAUGGCCGUUACUCGAAACCAAGAAUUUUCCGAAGUCGGACUUAUCAUAUCCACAACUUAUAAGUUCCGGUGAAAAUAUUUAUCUGAUGAGUCUAUUUUCACAACCUUACAAGGUUUUUGAACUAGAUUUUGGUGAAAUGAAAUGGGUGUCGCCAAAAAAGACAAUAGAAGAAUAUGCAUUCUUUCUUAGCGAGAAAAAGUCUUCUGCUGCUAUUAAACCAGAGUCAUGGGUUGGCCCUCAAACACACUACAAGAGCUAUGAUUACUUCCUGCACACUAAUAAAAUUCGACAACGCAUGUUCUAUUAUCAAAAGUGGAUGUGGUACUUCCCGUGUGAUUGUUUGAAUGUUAAUAUCUUAGAUCAAUGAUGACUUGUUAGUAUAGUUAUCUUUGUUUUGAUUGUGGAC